GUCAGCCAAAUCAGCCAUAAAUAAAACUACGAGUCGAGAUACAACAAUUUUGGCGACGAGUACGAGUACGAAACUACGCAAUUUUUCAACUGCAGCAAAAGAAAAGUUCCUGCAUUGUGUUUAGCUGAUUGCUGCCAUUGUGUUUACUCCAUGACACCCCCAACCGAGCAUAAUACUGACGCUCCUGCUGCCGGAACGCCGAUUACGUUUUCGUUCGAGCCGUUCAACCCUGCAACAUCAAAGUUUGAUCGAUGGUUGGAUAGGUUGCAAAUUUCGUUCCGGAUCUACCAUGUUCGAAAAGACGAUUUACAUUGCAUGGGAUCAGAUUUCCUGCCACAUUACAAGGGGGGCCCUACAUAUGAUGUGCUGUGCAACAAGCUGAAGAAUGCAUAACCGAUCACAAAAAUAUGCAGCGAAAUUGUCGCUCUGCUUAAAGACCAUUUCAGCCCUACUCCUCAGGAAAUCCUUGAAUAUUUCAAGUUCGCUAGUCGCAAACAGCAAGGCCACGAAUCUCUUAACGAUUACUUAAUGAAUUUGGAGAAGCUCGCCCAGUCGUGCAAUUUCGGGGAUUAUUUGGACAAGGCUCUACGCAACCAAUUUAUUUUUGGCAUACGAAAUCGGAUAAUACAAUCCCGGUUGCUGGAAGUGCGCGAUUUAACGCUUCGAUUUGAAGAAAUCGCAUACGGAAUGGAAAUGUGUCACCGGUCAAACAAUGCAAGUACGAGUCGAGGUGCGUUUCAUCAACCGUGCAACCCUGAAGAACAAAGGAAACGGUCGUUGCGGGGAUCCUGGUCACUACGCAGACAGGUGUCCAUAUAAAACGAUGAUCUGCAAGUUCUGCUCGAAGAUAGGACACCUGGAGAAAAUGUGUCUGGUCAAAACGAAGAAGAAGACGGAUGGCACACACCACCUGGAGGAGCAACCCUGCAUCAUCAAGGAUGUUUUCCAUCUAAGUACGGCCGGUCCUAGGGAGCCAAGUAUGCGACUUUUCGCUAAAGUUGCACGGUUUCACCCCCUCUCAAGCCGUUUUUCUGCCCCUCGCGCAACACCGCCUCCACAAACUAAAGUCGGCCUCGGUUGCAAGCUAUACCCAUCGCGCGGACACCGCCUACAACAAGUAACGAAUCUCCAAGAAAGCCCGGUCUUGUGAAGAAAGAGUACGUAGGAGCGGAGAGAGGAAGGCGGACGGCUAAACGUGCACGGCCAAUGCACACCGAUGGAAGGAUAGAUCGACGGCCACGAACGAAGCGAGGAAGAGACGAUCAGCUGGCAGCGGUACUAGGGGGACUAGCGAAAUCAGUGUGAGUCAAAGAUGAGUACAAUAAAUGAAAAGUGUGAAGAGUAAA